AUGUCGGACGCCGGGUACUGGAGUAGCCCGGGUUCUGGAACCCAAGUUUUGGAGCCCAGGUUUUGGAGCCCGGGUACUGAAGCCCGGGUACCAGAGCCCGGGUUUCGGAGCCCGGGUACUGGAGCCCGGGUGGUGGAGCCCGGAUCCUGGAGAACGGAUCCCGGAGCCUGGGUACUGGAGCCUGGACCCUGGAGCCCGGGUUUGGAGCCCAAGAUUUGGAGCCCGGGUUCUGGAGCACGAGCCCCGGAGCCUGGGUACUGGAGCCCGGGUCAGAAUUUCAUGACUUCAAAAUUUAACAUUUUUGGACCUCAGAGUUUUAGAACUGGAAUUUCAGAAUUUCAAAAUUUUGGAAUUUCGUUCCCGAAUUUCUGA